AUGGAACACGAACGUUCAUUUCAAAAACAACCAACUAUAUUUUUAAAUAAAAAACUAGGUUCAAUUAAAGCUAGUAAAAAAUCUCGUGUUCAACGUUAUACACGUAAUGUUGGUUUAGGUUUCAAGACACCACGAGAAGCUAUUGAAGGUACAUAUAUUGACAAAAAAUGUCCAUUUACAGGUAAUGUAAGUGUUCGUGGUCGUAUUCUUACUGGUAUAGUUUUAAAACUUAAAAUGACACGAACACUUGUUAUUCGUCGAGAUUAUUUACAUUAUGUACGAAAAUAUAAUCGUUUUGAAAAACGACAUAAGAAUAUGUCAGUACAUUUGAGUCCAUGUUUUCGUGAUGUACAAAUCGGUGAUGUUGUUACAAUUGGCGAAUGUCGUCCAUUGAGUAAAACAGUUCGAUUUAAUGUACUCAAGGUUGCUAAAUCAUCUGGUUCAAAGAAACAAUUUCAAAAAUUUUAG